CUCAAACUAUCCCAACAAUCACUGCCGAACAUCCCGGCUACAGCUUCCCGAGCAUUCGUAUGGACGGAAACCUACAUGACGAAAUAUCGUAGGAUUCAUUUUCUUGAUAAGCAAUAAGCCCAAAUGGCGGAGUAACCAAUCAUAUCUUCUAUUUCUUGGGCGUCAUAUUGUGGCAGAGAAAUGUUGUUUAUAUGAAUACAAGACAUUCCCAUCGUCGGUGGCUUUUUGCCGAGGUUAUCACCCCAUCCCUUCAACAAUCCCAAGCUAAUUUCAGCUUCUUCAACAACCAUGAAAAUGUUCAGCGCUUUGUUAACAGGCCUUUACGGCAGCUUUUUGGCACAUGCGUAUCCCGUUGAUCAUCCUGCCAAGUUCUCGAGGCUUAUCGUUUUUGGUGAUAGUUUCAGCGAUAACGGGAAUGGUUCUUGGGUCGUGAGCAAUGGGACCUGGCCUGUUGAUCCAGCGUACUACCACCAUUCUUUCUCGAAUGGACCGAAAUGGAACGAUGUAGUGGCGAAGCAGCUUGGUCUUGAGCUCAUCAAUCUCGCCACUGGUGGAGCGACUACGAACAAUGACUUUGUCGCUGGAGGUACAGGUGCUGAAUCGACGAUUCCUGUGCCUUCAGCUGCCGAUCAAGUUCUGUCAUUCUUGUCUUGGGAUACACCUCAGGCUGGUGAUAUCUUUGUUCACUGGAUUGGAGCCAAUGAUAUCCUUUUCAAUACGAGUAUUACUGGAGGACAGGUUACGAGUUUGAUCAACGAGAACAUCAACAGAUUAUAUCAAGCUGGUGCAAAGAAUAUAAUUCUAGCGAAUUAUCUCAACGCAACAACCUUCCCAGCAACAUACAAUUCCUCAACCUACAACGUUCCCAGUGUCCAGGACUACGUCCCCGCCUUGACAAAAGGUCUGGAGCAAAUCGCGGCAGGAUACUCAGCAUACGCCAAAACCGCAGUGAUCGACGUUCAAGCUUUAUUCAAUGACUUGUUUUCGGAUCCCGAGGCGUACGGGUUCGAUGAGGACUAUGUUAAUCCUCCGACUGCAUGUCUCACGGGCGUUUAUACGAGCGAAGGUGUUCCACGACAGUUAUGCGGUGAUCCCGAGAAGCAUAUCUUCUUUGAUUCAUAUCAUCCUGUUAAAGAGGUACAUGCUUUGGUAGCUAAGUUAUUCGUGGAGAGUAUUGGCGGAUUUUCGGCUUGAUGUUGUUGGUCAAGUCGUGGGACGCAAGAAAACUUAGGAUAUCUAUCCUAGACUUCGUUCCAUACAGACACGCAAGUAGUUAGUGCAAGCCUGUUCUUACUCUGAGAUACCGCAAGCCUCACCUGUUGCAAUAUUUCCAAGUGACCACUUGGCAAGAAUCCAUUCGUCCAAGAUGGAAAGGCUGUUGGUCCGACAUUGAACCUUGUUGCUCGGUUCAUAAGCUAUAGGGAGGACUUAUGAACUGUAAGAAUAGACUGCCAAUAAUGAAGCAAUAUAACUGUGGUUAC